AUGAUGGAGGAGGAUAAAUUGAAGAAUGGGAGUCUUAAGUAUUGCAGGCAAUGUAGGAAGAAUAUGCCAAGUGAAGAUUUUUUAAACCGCACAAAAUCUGGUUAUUGCAGUUACGGCGGUACUAUGGUGAGCCUUUCUGUAUGCCAUGAACAUAUAGAAAAGAAUGAUCGAAUUAAUCAAUAUCCAUAUGAUGAAAAGAAAGAUAAUUUAAAAGUCGAAGCUCAGGAGGGCGUUCCCGCUGUGAGCAACACUAAUAAAGACUCAGAAGACAAUGCUAGUUUGGAGCUAUCUUCUGUUUCUCCUAAGAGCUCUCUGUGUAGCUCGAUGCAGAGCGAGGCCGCUCUGCCUAUGAGGCCUUCCUCAUUUCUCCAGUCCCGUUAUCGUAUUGUUGAGAUAUCUCCGUCAUUGAGGUCACGAGAUGAUGUGUAUGUCGCGAAGUUAUUGUAUCACCGCACCCUUUUCCAGAACAAAGCAAGUUUGGUAUCUCGCCGUUUCCUAGAACUAAUGUAA